AUGGUUUCAACCUGGAAAGAAGACGAAAGAAGGGGCAAGGCCGGAGAGCUUAUCCUCAACCAAGAUGGGUUCCUAGGUGCGUGGUCCCAAGUGCGUGGUCCCAACCUGGGAAGAAGACGGAGGCCGGGUCAAGGCCGGAGGGCUUACCCUCAACCAAUACGCGGUCCCGGCUGCGUGGUCCCCGCCCAGCGCUGCACGGUCUCAACCUUACGAAGUCGGAGACCGGGACAGGACCGGAGAACACACCCUCAACAAAUAUGGGCCCCAGGUGCGUGCUCCCAAGCGCGAGGCCUGAACCUCACAAAGACGGAGGUGUAUGGUCUCAACCUCGAGAAAACGGAGUCCGGGAAACCGGAGGACUUAUCCUCGACCAACAUGGGGUGCAUGGUCUCGACCUUACGAAGUCGGAGGCAAGGACAAGGAAAACAGGCCGGGGACGGCGACGGAGGGCUUAUCCUCAACCAACAUGGGGUCCCAGUCCGGGACGAGGCCGGUGCAUGGUCUCAACUUUACGAAGUCGGAGGCAAGGACAAGGUGCGUGGCCUCAAAGCCGAAGGAGCAGAGUCUGGGACAAGGCGUGUGGUUUCAAAGCUGGAAGAGACGGAGUCCGGGACAAGGUCCGCGGACUCAACCUUGUGGUCCCAGGUGCAUCUGAAGGAUGAAGACGGUCUCCAAACUCAAGCACCCCUGCAAAGUUCCGACUCCCCUUGCCGCCUUUCUGCGAUGGUCGCCGUCCGCUUUUUGAAAUGGCACCGAAGGACGCCGCGGCCUCGGGACAACCUGCGUGUAUGCCGGAAGAAGGAAGUUUUACAUUUGUACGCGAUCAUCGGGCGUGUUGUCUUCACGACGCCAGCACAGCAGACGUCCGAUGUACACGGAGGCUGGGCGCUAAAGCAAGUGGCUGGCUUCGGAGUACUCGAAGUGGGCUUCAACUGUCGGGGCUCUCGCGGCCGCAACAUCUGGCUGGCACUGGUGGCAGGACCGGACGGCAUCUUCUUCGGUGCGCAUCAGAACGGAUGGGACUACGUGCGAGCAACGAGCGUGUCCGUCGACUGGUACGACAUUCCCGUGACCUCGGGCCUCGAAUAUGGAGCAGUGGGAUGCAAGGACAGCACCGACUCCAUUCACCUGGACAAGGCUAGACGCUGCAUCCUGUUUCUAGAGCAGUGUCACUUCAUGCCAUUGACCGCAGCCACGGAAUCAUCGAGAUCCAAAGUGUCGGCACCAGUUACCGUGCAAGCACACGGCAUGCCGGACAAUCACGGUACUCCGGACAGUGAAAAGCUAAUUGACUUGGCCUUCGGGAAGACCACGUAUGCGCUGAAGAUUCGCCCGGCAUGGCUGCAGCAGAUACUCGCAGGAACGAAAACGAUCGAGCUCCGAAAGAAGCCAUGCCCAACCUACCUAGAGACACACGCCAUCAGCCUCAUGGAGACAGGGACUAGGCUUAUUCGCGGCACGGCCGUCGUCAAGGAAUCGCACCAGCUCACGGUCCAGGAGAAAGCACUCAACUACGAUGCUGACAAAACCUAUGCGUGGACCCUGCAAGACGCGUGUGGUCUUGCUCUCAUGAAGACGGAGGACAAGGCCGGCGGCUUAGUCCCAGCAUGUGGUCUCGCUCUUAUGACGACAAAGGCCGGGAACAAGACGGAGGAGAGUCCAGGUGACUCGGCUGCAAGUCCGAGCUGGAAAGCUUAUCGCCAACCAAUUCAGGAGAAUCCAGGAGAAUUCCAGGUGACUCGGCUGCAAGUCCCAGCUGGGAAGCUUAUCGCCAACCAACUAAGGAGAAUCCAGGUGACUCGGCUGAAAGGAAAGCUUAUCGCCAACCAAUUAAAGAGAAUCCAGGAGACUCGGCUGCAAGUCCCAGCUGGGAAGCUUAUCGCCAACCAAUUAUGGAGAAUCCAGGUGAAGUCCCAGCUGGAAAACUUAACUCAUCGCCAGCCAAUGAAGGAGAAUCCAGGUGAUUCGGCAGCAAGUCCCAGCUGGAAAGCUUAUCGCCAACCAAUUAAGGAGAAUCGAGGUGACUUGGCUGCAAGUCCCAGCUGGAAAGUUUAUCUCCAACCAAUUAAGGAGAAUCCAGGUGACUCGGCUGCAAGUCCCAGCUGGAAAGCUUGUCGCCAACCAGUGAAGGAGAAUCCAGGUGACUCGGCUGCAAGUCCCAGCUGGAAAGCUUAUCGCCAACCAAUUAAGGAGAAUCCAGGUGUGGAAGCUCAAGCUGAAGAAGACGGAGGCAAGGACGAGGUGUGGAAGCUCAAGCCGAAGAAGACAGAGGUGUGGAAGCUCAAGCUGAAGAAGACGGAGGUGUGGAAGCUCAAGCUGAAAAAGACGGUGUGGAAGCUCAAGCUAAACAAGACAGAGGCGAACACUGAAGGAGACGGAGUCGCCGAAGGCGAGCCAUGGAGUAUCCGCGCUCGCAAGCGGGACAAUUGCAAAAGGAUAUCAGAGAAAGAGGAGUGCAAGGAAUAUGCCCGAUACUUGGGCAUCGACCCCGGAUACGAGGGAGAAGAGACACAUAACGCGAUGUUGUGCCCGAGCCUCGGAUACAUUUGGCAAAGGGUGCCGCGCGGCGAGUGGAUACCUUGGUGGUAUCUUUCAGACAGCAUUUUCUUCUGGGAAGAGGAUGUUUUCCAGGCCGGAGGCCACGGCAGCCAUCUGAGCGCCAGGCACGUGGUCUCAACCCGAGAUGAAGACGGAGGCGGGGACGAGGAUGGAAGCGGGGACAAGGCCGGAGCGCUUAUCCUCAACCAAUAUGGGGUCCCAGGUGCGUGCUCUCACCCCGAGGAAGGCGGAGGCGGGGACGAGGUGCCUGGUCCCCACUCCAAGGAGACCGGGGCGGGGACGAGGCCGGAGUGCUUACCCGCAACCAAUAUGGGGUUCCGAGUGCGUGGUCUCAUCCUGAAGAAGACGGAGGUGCGUUACAUCCUUGACCAAUUAGCGUCCCUGGUGCAUGGUGUCAACCUGAAAAAGACGGCGGCAGGGACAAGGUGCGUUAUCCUCUACUGUAAUGUGGCUCCCCGGCAGGUGGUGUCAACCGGACAUUUUCAGCCGGACCUAAUUCGGCAGAUGAUUGCCCGCUUCAUGGACGAGAUUCGCAAAGUUCCCGUUCGUUUCGGCAUACAACAACCACUCGAGUCGGCAGAGCUAUCAGCGGACAUCACGCACGCCAUCGGACAGCUCUCGCGGCACAUGCACCUCGAUGAAACGGACUCACAGUGGCUCAUGUAUCUGGCAUCGCACCUCGAGCCUGAACUCGGAGCAACGCUCAUUCCUGCGCUAUGGAGACUCAAGGAGGAUGUCAUGAUGUGGACGGUACGCUGCCAGCGACCUCGAGAGCCUUCGCCCUUCAGUCUGCCACCUGCAACAGCCGAGAGCGGAACCGACGGAGAAGAAGAUUACUUAAGAGCUACGAACGCCAUCGUCGGAGGAGACCGGCGCGCGGUCCCAGACUGCAACGGCUGUUUCAACGAUCCAAUUCCAACCGAGCUGCAACGCAGAAAAGCAGGAGCUGAUGCGAACCGGCAGUCGCACGACCGGAUUGCGCGCCACGGGGAACGGCUGACCCUCUGUCUCUUCAUUGCGGUCAGCGACGACCAGCCCCAGGGCCGCACAACAGCAUCGCAUGCGAGAGCAUCGCCCUACUGUAUCUUUACGACCCGCUACGGCACGAGCACCAAUGCCCAUGGAGGUUGGUAUCGCAAGCGCGUCGGCUCCUUCACCAAGAUCACGCCACGAUUCAACAUCAUGGGUGAAUACGGCACCUACGUCGGCAUGCGCCCCAAGAAGAAGGAUCACGACAUCAUCCUGCAGUUUCGUAACAAGACCCCAGCCCUCCAGCCCAACUGCCGUGGUGCCGACAGCAUGCAUACCGCCAACGGCUCGACCCUCGCUCCGAGCGCCGCCAACAGCCUCGCCGACGCAUUCAAGAGAGCAGCACACAGCGCGGAGGAGAUCCCGUUGCCGACUGUCGUGGACCAGGAUGAGGUGGCGGAAGCCACCGUUCCCGACACGUGCCCAAGAGACACACCAUCGGGCCUAGCCGACGACGGGCGCGAGGUCCAGGUAUGCGAAGAAGGAGAGAGGACGGGCGACCUGCCAGGCAACGGCGCUAUGUGCUCUCGACGCGAAGGUCCUGUGCCUGAGGAGGGAGACAGAAUCAUGGUCAUGAAGGAAGCUUGGUUGCAGCUCGUCAUGAACCGUUUGAAGACUCUGGAGAUCCGCGGUGCACCGGCUGCGUUAGGGAGAACUUGGCUGGGCUGCAAUGGCCAAAUUCACGGAGCAGCCAACAUCGUCAACUGCAGCAUCAUCACGGAGGCAGACUUCCAAGCCACAAGAGCGCAGCACAGGCACUUGGGAGAAAUGCCCAACUACAAGAAAACGUACGCCCUGGCUCUGCAAGAUGUGACGCAGCUCGAGCCAAGCAUCGACUACUAUCGGCUGCCAGCCACAUCACCGUGGGCGGUGUUUCGCACCGGACCAACUGGCAAGGCGCGUCGGUCGGGGGCGCAGAAAAGAACCUUGGAGCAAGCUCAUGACACGAAGCCAUGCGAAGACAUGCCGACGGAGCUCCGAGCCGAUGGCAGCCCGUUGCCGCUGACAUCCGGCAUGGCGGACCAAGAAGAGCCUUCGCUCGGGGCAGGAGACCGGACGGACGAGCAUGACGACAGGAACAAGGAGUGA